UGCCAAUUGUUUUGUUUCUACGAGGAACUACAAUAUCAUUCAAUUUGCUUACAUUUCACCUCAUUAACAUUUGGAAUGUUGAUCGUUUUGUUUCACCUUCAGGUUAUUGUAUUUGAACAUGGAAUUGUAGUUUUUUGUGUUCAACUUUCAUCCGUAGAAUACGUAUGAUGGGUAUGCAUGAAGACAUUCACUAUAUUUGCUUCUUUGUAUGUGAAUGUGGUUACAUAGCAAGAACGAAAGAAUCGAAUAUGUGGAAGUAAGAUUGGAAAUUUUUUACUCAAGCCUUAGAAUAUUAUAAUGAUGAUGUUAACUGCCUAGUGAUGGGAUUUUAUAAUCCUCCAUUUGAUCCACAUGGUCUGAUCUGAUACAUACAUGCAGGUAUAAAGUUGGGUGUGACUUGCCUGGGAAGUAUAGGGUUGCUCCGGACAGUGAUGCUCUAUAGUUUGGUGGACACGAAAGGCUAAGGGGCCCUUUUCGUUUUUGUUUUUUGAAUCGUUUUCAUGUUGUUUCUGGCCAUCCAAUUGCCGCCUGUGUUCAAGCAGUCUUCAUAUGCCAUAUCCACUCCAAAGAUGUUAUGGGUGCAGGCUAAUCUGCAUAUGAACCUCAAAAUGGAACUCUUUAUUUUGCUUCAAAAAGAUGUAGUAGGAACUAAUUCUAUUGUGCCAAAAGUGUUAGUACUACAGUUCGAUCAUCUACUGUAUGAUUUAAGGCUCUGAGUAAGAUGGUAGAUUCUGGUCAUAGGUUUCACAAAUUAAAAGUUAAAACUCUAUUGCCUUAAUGACCAACCUUCAAGACGACUUUUUCCAUUUGAAUUUCCUUCUUAUUAACGUAAAGUGGCCACUUCAGUUCUCGUUGGUCAGAAAUGUGCUGGACCCUUGAUGGGUUUCGUUAAUGAACAUCAAUUCCAUUACUUAUGACGCAUGUCUGAUGAUAUAAUGGAUAAUUUUUUUUUGCAGGUGGGCCAUGACGUUGAUCAGUUCACAUCCCCUGAAGGAAUACCUGGAGUGCCUGAAACAAACUUCAGUAACCGUUCCAACUCCUUCAACUCAAGUACUCUCACCAGCAUGCACUUGUGUGGUUUACCACAGAGUUGAGGAAGAGUGGGAAAAAACUGAUGAGAGCGAUACAACAAGUGUAAGCGAGUCAGCUAUCACUAAUGUUAUGGCCAGUGAUGAGAGAGUUGAAGAUUCAGCUCCUGAUGAAGAUUUUGCUGUUGAUCCAUGUGAGGCAGAAGAUUUAGAAGUGGAAGAGACAGGAGAAGGCACAAUGGAUGAUUGAUAACAUCCCCUUACUUCGUAUUAUAACUCGAAUCGAUCUAAAAAUGCAGCCCACUCAUGUGUACGUAUUGCAGUGCGAGUAACUAAGCCAAAAGGACCUGUCACAGUAUAUAAUCGCCAGAGUAUGGAUAGUUAUAGAGAUCUGUCCCAGGAUCUUUUUGUUUCUAAAAGGUUCCAGCUUUGUACAUAAUUGAGUUUCAUAUUUUGGUAUUGCAGCACCUUAUAAUUCUUCUUUCUGGAGUUUUUACUCUUUCUAUCUAGUUUUGUUCAGUGGA